GUAGACACGGAAUCGACAGAAAUUUUCAACUUAUACGACCUUAUAAGGGAAUGGCACAUGUCCAAGUGUCUAUACGUUGAAGGAUCUGAUAUCUCGAUGAUCUGCGGGAUCGGCUUGACUUCAUUAUCUUUAAUUAUUCUGACUUCGAAUCACCAAGGGCGCUCGGAUCGCGACAGCGCGAAGGGAUGGCGGGAUUGCGGGAGCCAGAUUUAGGAGGGUGAAGGGCCCUAAGGCUACCAACCACCACACCAGGCACGAAGGAAGGGAAGGGGGGGAAGGGACCAAAAAGAAAAAAAAAAGAGGGAAGAGCCCAAAUGCUGUGGCUGUUCAUCAAUCAAAUGCUGGAAAUUCGAACGAGUCGGGGGAUUGCUGAUUCGGGACGUCUUGCCCGAUUAUCACCACCAACGACGAUGAUAAGCAACGACUGUCUGUAUCGACAAAUCAUCGGAGGUCAGCGGCCAGCUCCUAACGCAUUUUACUUUGGUGUCAGUCCAACCACAACCCCUCACCCAAGGCGGGACUCCUUUCCAGUUUUAUUUUAUUUUAUCUUUUUUUUAUUCGAUUCAAUUUGUGACCCGGUUUACAUCGGGACCACAGCAGAUUACAAUGGCGCACGUCAAUCAACCCCUCUCUUGUUGCAGCAUAAUAUCGCAACCUCCAUUCUAUUUUUCUAGAAGGCGCUUAGGGACACGGACUGCCUGCUAUUCGCCAAUGCGUUGACUUUUACCCCAGGUCAAGACUAAAUGACCACCCUUAGGGGGUUUAUUUCGUCAAUCACUAGCAAGCUAGCACAAUCUCUCGCUCCUCGCCCAAGGCCCGGUGGCCGGUUAUAAGUGCGAUUUUCUCCCCGAUGCUAAUUGUGAAUGAUUUACACGAGAGAUUCCCCCCUUGAAUCUAAUUCCUUGCCUAUCGAUUCCAACCAAGACCAUUUCUUCUAUCAAUCCUGUUGCCGAUUGACCAGUGGGUGUUUUCGAAUGCCAUGACGAGAACCGUCGACGAAAUUAAAUUUGAAGCCCCUGCGUGGGAGCACAAAACUGUUCAAAUUGCAGAAGAUGGCAGGAGACUGAGCUCUUCUGUCAAUGAUGACGCUGCGCGCCCGAAAGGCCGUAUACGUCGGUCAAUGACGGCCUGCAAUACCUGUCGCAAACUAAAGACUCGGUGCGACCUGGACCCUCGCGGUCAUGCAUGCCGCCGGUGCCUGUCAUUGAGAAUCGAGUGCCAGCUACCCGAGACCAGCGAGCGCUUCCAAGACAAUGCGUCGAUGUGGUCGGACGCGACGACCGCUAUUCCUUCAAUUGAAGAGCGUCUCACUUCGCUAGAGCGGAGCAUGCGCGAAAUGACGGGCAUGUUGCGCCAGAUCAUAAACCAACCACCCAGCAUUUCGAGCAUGUCCGCGCCACAAUUGACGCAAAGCACCAAUACGGAGGAAACGGCUUCCAUCGAAGGAAAUCAGUUUUCUCCGUUUCUGCCCAAACCCAUCCGUUUGAUCCAAGAGCUCCAAUCCGAGUUUUUCGGUGAACCGAGUUGCAUCACCCCUAGCUCCCCUUUCUGUGGGAGCAAUAUGGAGAAAGGCAUCAUAGACUCCAAAUUAUCGCUCAAAUUAAUGCAAUUAUUUGUUGAGCAUUUCGGACCCUGGGUUUCGAUCAAUAACUUGUCAGAUAUUCAGGACGAGAUGAAAGGACCUGAUUCGCUACUAUACAACACAGCCUGUCUGCUGGCCUCGCGAUAUGUCCCGGGCAUACCAGCACCAGUGACCCGCGCCAUGUAUCUCCAAGUCCGACAAGAAGCAGUCAAUACGCUCUGGGAUAAGCCUCCUUUGCAGUACGAGUCGCUUCAAGCCCUUGCCCUACUUUGCCUAUGGCCCGCGGCCGUUCAAAGAGAGGCUCCUAUCGAUAGCUGGCUAUUGAGCGGGAAUUCGAUCAAUCAUUCGCUUAUCACUUUUGAUUUCCUCAACUAUGCACCUUCCGAGCUAAUCGUGGACAACAAAACGGCCACGCAAUUGCGGCUGUGGAAUAUUUUCUGCUUGACGCAGCUACGAUUUGCGGUCGGAAAUGCACGUCCGUUGCAUAUACAGCAGCGAUAUCUAGAUCACUGCCCUCGGCUGCUAGAGCACACGAGCGCGACAUUCGAAGAUGGAAAAGUCGUGGCAGAGAUUCAGCUUUAUAUGAUCACGUUGAAGCUUCAGGGAAGCAAUCCACGCAUGCGACUAGCCGACGUCGAGUAUGAGGAGAUCGAGCGUUGGAAAAUGGAAUGGGCUCACUUAUUCACCGGCGAAGAGAGUUUGACACUUGAACUAAGCCUGUGGUACUGCCAAAUCCUGCUUCACAGAACCGCCAUGCGAUUCCAGUCCGAAUCCGACCGACUCACAGCCGAAGUCAUCCAAGAUUCACGACUCAUCAUCUCCAAGUUCUUGCAACUGCGCCUCUCAACCGCACUCAGCGUCGUCGACCAGACAUAUAUCAUCGUCGGCUAUGCCGCGCUCAACCUCUGCGACUUCAACUUCCUCGAUCCCCUCAUCGACCAGAUCCAGAUGUACCUGCUCCACCUGGCCCCCAACGAAGACCACAUCGCCUACCGCUUCUCCUGCAUGAUCGCCGAGUUCAAGCGCCGCUGCGCCGAAUGCAACGACCCCUGCACUGGCGCCAUGGAUGGCUCGCAAUCUUCCUUCGGAGAUGCCCGGAAGCUGAGCAUGGAGCACAUCCAGUUCAUGCCACCCCCGCCGCCCCCUGGAGCCCUGGUCGAUGGCAUGAUGGACGGGUAUGGUAGCUUGGACCAGUUGAUCCCGGAAAUAAUGCCGCAGUCAUUCCCAGAUAGCGUGCUUAGUGGGAUGACCAUGGCGGAGGCGAUUCCGGCUGGAUAUCGCUCGGCGACUCUUUAGGCUCCGUGCUGUUUGUCUUACCUGCGGUUCCAUUCCAUCUAUUCUUUGUUUUUGUCCAAUACUGGGGUCGUUAUCUACGGAGUUGGCGGGGCGGACAAUUAGGGGGUGAAAAAAGAAAAGAAAAGACAGGGGACAUGCUAGGUCGGUCGGUUGGUUAGUGACAGGGGGGUUCCAUUUUUGUACAUAGGAGGCACAAAACGAUCUAUCUGGUCGGUCGGGUAUAUACAUAUGUUUCAACAAUGGGUAAUUUGAGGCUUUCAUGGUUAC